UUCAUCCGUGGUGAAGCAUAUGUCAGGACUUAAUGUUUCUGUUAAUGUUAGAAGACCGGAGAGGAGAUGGGAGGAUGUGGUCCGGCUUGCACUCCUUGGGUGGCAGUGAGAGAAAGAGAGUAGGCAUGAUGUACCUUUCUCUUGCCCUUCAGGAAAUACCAUGCUUCCUUCCAAGGCCAGCAAGUGGUGUAAUUGAUCAGGACACAGAAAACGAGCCUCCCAUUCUCAAAACCUAUCUCCCCCUUCCUUCUCCAUACUGCCUAAGAUACACAGACUUAGAGAUCUGUUUGAUUUAGCUAAGAGAGCGCAUGGGGACUUGAGGUGGGGAGAAGAAGCUGUCAGACAUUUACUUUAUUAAGUAUUACUGUAAUGUGAAGUAGAAUAUCAGAUCAUUUUCCAGCUCCAUCCGCCCCAGCUGAACUAAUGAAGCAGGAAUUGUGGAGUUGGAGUGGAGAGUGGCGAAGGGUUGCCAUUUUGGGCACGUAUGUGGCAGCCUCAUACUACACCAUGUGAACCCCAGGAAUCUGGGGAGAAUGGGAGAGAGAAGGAGAACCGGGUGUUCUGAGAGCCCUCAGCUAACUUGAGGUUCCAGUACCAGAGCAGUUAACAAUGCUGCCCUGAUGGGAAGUGAAGGGGUGCUGGGCAUGGGUGUUCCCUGUGUGCCCUUCACAGGGUAUGUCUGCUUGGCCGGAGGUCUAACGCCUAGUUGUCUGACCCGUGACCAGGAGGGCUCUCUCGCAGGAACCUUGUUUAUACUGGCAGAUGUGCCCACAUGACUCUUGUCUGAUCAGGUCCAGUUUAUGGCUGCCUGACUGUCACUCUGGCGCUGGGAGCCUGACUUUGUGCUCUCCUCAGUGUCCUGGAAAAAAUCAGGCCUAGGGCAGCCCCUAGUUCUUCAGAUGGAAGGUGCAAAUUCAGUACAGUACCCUAAUAGGAAACCAGUCCAAAGAUUGUCACUUAAACAGUUCCUGGGCAGGGAGGGCACCAGGAGUCUUUGGUCCCUAGGUCACAUGAGAGGCAGGAAUGAAGGAUCAGGUGGAGAGAGAGAGAGAGAAAGAAACAUGGCAAUAGCAGCAGAAUAGGGUGUGUGUCGGUUUCAGUUCCUGGGUAAAUGCACGAAUGGUCCCUUUAAAGGAAGCAAUAGGCAAGCGGGGAGCCCGUCAGCUAGUGGUAGAUAUGUCUCUGAGUUCUUAUCUCUGGCCACCAGCUCGAGCCAUUUGGGUGUGGUGUAGAAAAGAGAAAAAAGGGAGAUGGACAGAGGAGCCAGCCCUGCUCUUUCAAGUCUUAACCAGGACCAGAUGGGACACACCCCCUCAUGCACCCAGCUGCCGUCCUUGAACGCAUUUAAGAUCUCUACCUCACCUGGAGUUUUGAAGGGACGGGGAAGAGCUAGAUUUUCCGACCUUACUCUCUUUCUGGCAGAGUCUCUGGUCACAGAGAUGUGGAAGAAGUUUCCAAGGCUGGUCCUGGGUCAAGCAAUGAAAACAGAAUUUAUUCAUGGAGACAGUUUUUGUUCCAUUCAGCUCUUUUUAUCCUUGGAUUGGUUCAUGAAAAAGAAGCCAGCAUGGACUGAAUUAUGUGUGGAUUCAGGAGACAGGAAGCAGGUUUCUAGGGAUUGAGGAGACUGAAGAAAGUUGAAGACAGGCUGAUGGGCUCAGCUGGUAGGCUCCACUAUCUCACCAUGACAGCUGAAAAUUCCACUGCUGGAGACCUGGCUCCAGCCCCCCUCAUCACUUGCAAACUCUGUCUGUGUGAGCAGUCUCUGGACAAGAUGACCACACUCCAGGAAUGCCAUUGCAUCUUUUGCACAGCUUGCCUGAAACAGUACAUGCAGCUGGCAAUCCGAGAGGGAUGUGGGUCUCCCAUCACUUGCCCUGACAUGGUGUGCCUAAACCACGGGACCCUGCAGGAAGCUGAGAUUGCCUGUUUGGUACCUGUGGACCAGUUCCAGCUUUAUCAGCGCUUAAAAUUUGAAAGAGAAGUUCAUCUGGACCCCUACCGAACAUGGUGUCCUGUUGCAGACUGUCAGACAGUGUGCCCCGUUGCAUCGAGUGACCCAGGACAGCCUGUGCUGGUGGAAUGCCCUUCUUGCCACCUGAAAUUCUGCUCGUGUUGCAAGGAUGCUUGGCAUGCAGAGGUCUCCUGUAGAGACAGUCAGCCUGUUGUCCUGCCAACAGAGCACGGAGCCCUCUUUGGGACAGAUGCAGAAGCUCCCAUUAAGCAAUGCCCAGUUUGCCGGGUUUAUAUCGAACGCAAUGAAGGCUGUGCUCAGAUGAUGUGCAAAAACUGUAAGCACACGUUUUGCUGGUACUGUCUCCAGAACUUGGACAAUGACAUUUUCCUCAGACAUUAUGACAAAGGGCCAUGCAGAAAUAAACUAGGCCACUCAAGAGCAUCAGUGAUGUGGAACCGAACACAGGUGGUAGGGAUUCUCGUAGGCUUGGGCAUCAUUGCCUUGGUGACUUCACCUUUGCUGCUCCUGGCCUCCCCAUGUAUAAUCUGUUGUGUUUGCAAGUCCUGUCGGGGCAAGAAGAAAAAGCACGACCCAUCCACAACCUAAAGAUUUCCGUGUUCACACGCCCGAGAUGUGUGAAUUACAUGAGAUGGCACAGUGAUAAAGCCCCACUUAGUGACCUUGCCUCCUCCUCCUUCCCAACUUUGAAAGUGCCUCUGUUGACUUUGUCUCCCAGCCUUCAGCAUCGGGAAAGGCCGAAUCCUGGGUGUUCGUGUUCCUGUGUAAUGAGAACUGGGCUUGACAGUCCAGCUGUGUCUAUGGAGCAUGUCGGGAGCUUUGGGCUUGCUUGGGAUGAAUGAACAUAUCAUUUUAUCAUCCAAAGGAUCUCACUGGACUGUUCAACUUCCAACGAAAUUCAAGGAGCUUGAGUGAACAUUUGAUGUAACCGGUGUGUUGUAGUUGGCAGCAUGCAAGAUAACCGAGAAGCCAGAGCCUGUUCUGUGUUGAUUAGACUACCACGAGAAACACAGGAGAAACCUGAUAAGGAGGAGAAGGAUAAGACUGCGUAAGGAGAAAUCCUCGUAGGAGCCAUAAAGCAGGCUGCCAAUCUCAGCAGUUGACAUGGUGGUUGUGCCUCUGCUGGCUACUGGGUGUGCUGUCCCCAAUGUUCCCGCUAUGAUUUGGCAGAAACACAAUAGGUUUCUCCUGUGUGAUCUCAGCUUCAAGAAGGAGAAACUGCUGUGCAGAGGGAGUUGUCCUUUUUCAGUCAAAGAGUUGCAGGCUGUUAAACAAUAUGGUCUAAUUUAGUGUCUCUCCCUUGGCAAAUGUAAGUUUUCCGAGUUGGCCAGCUUGUCUCUUACAGCCGGUAGCUGUGGUCUACAAAAUUGUUUCAUACAAAAUACGGGUAGAGUGAUAGUUUCAAAACUUUUGUCGUAGGUAACCGGGACCUUUCUAGGGGUCUGUGUUCACACAUCCAAUAGAUUUGGAAUCGGGUCUAAGAGUACACAUGGAUGGUAAAUAUUAAAGUGUAUAUCAUGUACAUCUAGAAUCCAUGUGACUUGCAGCCUACCUGUAAUUUCUAUCCAUUGAGCAUGCAUGGAUAUACCCAAUAGCACACACAAAAUAAAUGUUUACUUAAAAGCCAUUCUAUCCUUCUGUGCCUGAAAUGUUUAUUGCAAAUCUGCCUAAAGAUUUUUUGCAUAUUAUAUAUGUGAAUUUGGGUUGUAAGUUCAUAACUUACCCAAGGGCAUAGACUCCUAACUCUUUUAAAACAGUGCUUAGUACAAUAUCCUGCCAUCUCUGUUUGUAAAAACACUAAUGGAUAAGUGAGUCAUUUAUGUUUUCAAACACAGAGCAGCUCUUUUCUCAGCAUAAUUUAUUGCUCUUUCAGCAUCUGUUAGGACAGUCUGAAUACUUUCUAUGUUAUAAGGCACUGAUAAAACAACAAAAACAUGUAAGAAAUAAAAUAGAAACGCUUUAUAUAUUUUAGUUUAAAUUUAUCACCUCAUUGUUACUUUUUUUCCAUUAUACCAUGAGUCAGAUUUGAAUAACGAGGUUUUGAAAGAAUAAAACCUUUUCUCCAAUGACAGGAUUAUUUAACUGCUAUUGGCAAUGCAGCCUGGUGCUUUGUGAGACCUAUGCUAAAUGUUACUGGAGAGUUCUUGAAGCCAGGGAUGCCAUAUCAGGAACUAUUCAGGAUCUAUGGUAUAUUCUGAGGUAACUGGGUAAUAGAAUAUCAAAUUGCUGCUAUCUCUGACUUAUUAUUAACGGAUGAUGCUUUGCCUAUGUAAUAGGAUGUAUCCUAAGUGGGGAUGUGUAUAUUUAAGGAACUUUAAUUCACAUGUAUAUAUUGAUAUCUGAUGUAUGUGUAGUACAUCUAUUGGUCAUGUACGUUUUAAUUUACGUGUUAUAUAGAAUAUAGAUGAGAACUCUGGGAAAACUUGGGAAGGGCAGCCAACCAAAAUCAUUUUUAAUCAUUUAUUAGAAAUUUCUUAAUAUUGUGUCUUUAUUUUCUUUUGAAACUCUAAAUACUUCAGAAAAAAAAAACUCUAUUCUAUCAGUGUAAUUCAUAUUAGUAUAAUUAUAGAUUCACAUAUAUUUGAAUAGUUAAUUUGCUUUGUUUUACACAGAGCCUACUGCCUCAUUAUAGGUAAAAGGCAUUUGUAACUGCUCAGGGGAUUACAGGAACUCAGCUGCAACUGAAUUUUUGUAACAAGCAUGUUAAUAGUGGCAAUAUCCUCUGUUAGCAAACUCUUUAAGCUUGGUGCCACAAAGAGUCUUUAAACAGGGGCUGAUUUUGAGUAACCUAAAAUGCUUUGUUAUCACAGGAUGGAAGAAAAUAUGUAUGCUAUUUCCUUGGCAAAUUGAAGGAAUUUGCUGCCUUACAGAGAUAGUAUCACCGAAUUAGCUGCUUACUUUUUGGCCAGGGCUAGGGAAUGGGGGUUGUUUGUCAAACUGUUUUUCAAGAACUAGAUUUAAUUUUUUUUUUUUUAAUGUUGGGAAGUACCUGAAAAAUGGUAAAUUCUUUUGAAAUGUGUGUGAGAUUGUCAGAAUCAACAAAACCAGGCUGGUUAAACAUUUCUGGUGCCCUAGAGACUGUUUACAAACGAGAGAGCUGGCAACGUGUUUUUUUCUUUUUUUGGACAAGGUCUCUCUUUGUCACCCAGGCUGGAGUGCAGUGGCGUGAUCAUGGUUCACUGCAACCUCUGCCUCCUGGGCUCAAGUGAUCCUCCCACCUCAGCUUCCUGAGUAGCUGGGACUACAGGCACACACCACUACGCCUGGCUAAUUUAUGUAUUUUUUGUAGAGAUGUGCUUUCUCUGUAUCGCCCAGGCUUGUCUUAAUCUCCUGGGGUCAAGUGAUCCACCCACCUUGGCCUCCCAAAGUGUUGGGGUUGCAGGCAUGUGUGUCACCAUGCCUGAGAGCUGACAAUUUUAACCAACAACUUUGAUAAGAGAGGCUGAUAUUCUUGUUUUAGUUAAUUGGCCAGCGACAGAGUUUACCCAUGCCUCCUCUCUCAGUCUGCCAGCUUUGUUCUUUCCUAGUGAUUCUCUUUCUGUAUUAAGAGGAAGUAUGAGGUCUCCAUAUGGUUGCUUGGAUGCUAAGACAAGAAUCUUUUUGUGUUUAGAGUAUAGAAAUAAAAAAAUCCAUCACCAAACUGUAAUCUGGAUAUAAUAGCCCAGCAUCCAGAAAUCCUAUGGGAUGUUAUUACCACAACAUCUUGCCAUUAUCCCAUCUAGGAAAUUUUCUCUUGUUUUGAGGUAGGGAAGUGAGGAGAAAAGCCACGUGGAAGCAAAUGUUAGAAUCUUAGGCGUCCUAUUUGUUCAUGCCAUGGGUAUUUGCUUUGGACUUGGAGUCUGUACUUUGAAAGAGGCCUUUGAACAAUAAUUUAGUGUGAAUUUUCUUGUAGCCUGCUUCAUGAAAAUAUCACCCAGGUUUGCAAGUGUACAUGUUUAUUUGAAUGUAAAUCACUGUUUUUUGGAACCCUAUGUUUUUUCUUAAAAAUUAUUCUGAAUCUAAAUAUGUAUUACUUUAGCCUUCCUUACACAAUGCUUAUAAAAGACUUUUCUUUCUGUUCAUGAGUGGAUGCCUGUAUGUGAUAGUUGUGUGUAUUUGUGUAGCUUUAAGGACAAUUUCAGAAAUGCAUUAGAUGAAUGACAUUUUAUAAAGCGAUCACAAUUGAUUUCUACAGGCUAUUAUGUUUCAUGUUGAUUCAUGAUCCAGGAAGUUUUAUGUAUUUAAAAAAUUGCUAUUGUGUUCGAUUUUUCCAAUGUUGGGGGAAGAAAAUAGCUGUUUUAGUGUUUCUAGCCACAAUAAAUGUGAGCAGGAAAUCAAGUGUGUUAA